AUGGCUAGGAUAACGUUUCGUAAGUUGGCACUGGUUUUUGUGUCUUUGAUUUCUCUGGCUGCAAUUUUCUCGCUGCAUACUUCAUUGUGGAGUAGGAGCUCGAGUAGGAGUAAUGGUGUCAUUUCAAGAGGCACACCCAUCAAUAGCUUGUCAUCAUCACUUAGUCCAGUACGAACGAGAAGUGUAAAUAAAACAGGUGUCAGUUUUCAUCAACAGAAUGAAUUGAAACCGGUUGCCGUACCAAUGGGAAUGAUAAACUAUGAUGAGUGGACCUGCCCUCCUUUUGUGGGGUACUUUGUUGAUGACCUUCGCAUGCAUCGUUACGACUGGCCUGAGAAACCAACGGUUAGAAUGAGCUCAAGAGCAGUUCGUGUGAUAACUGGGCAUAUUUAUCACUUUGGAGCAAGAUUGUAUGGUUAUCUGCAUCCACCAGUAACAGGUUUGUACUGGUUUAGUGUGAACAGUUCUUUAUCUGAAGGAGCUUACAGCAUUGAAUUAUGGAUCAGUAGAAGCUCAGAUCCUACAAAAUUAGUCAAGAGAUUUAAUGUCACUUAUGCUAUUGAAGAAAAAAAUUGUAGCAAGAUUACAAAUCCAAUUUUUAUCAAAUUAGCAAAUCAAUUUAUUUAUUAUUUUGAAUUCCAUGUAAAAAGUUUUAAAGCAGUUCUUGAUAUUGGAGUACAAGAGCCCAUUGAACACUAUAAAGGAUAUUAUAAGGUGAGAGAGUCUGGCAUUUUCCCAUGGGAUGAGAAUAAAUACGUUUACAAUAAUAAAGAAAGAUUUGGUAAUAGGAGAAUCACCGAAUCAGUAGCCCAGUCUGUUCUGUUACUCUAUAGAAAAGAGUUUAGCAAGUUUUAUACAAAUCGUAAGGUGAAAGGCAUCCAUUAUUUAGUAGAAACUAAGGAUCAGUCUUACGGAUCUCGAUUUCUUUUAGAAAUGGAUAUUCAAUUAGAGAAUGGUGAUACAAUGCAAACAUCAGAAUAUGUUUAUCUACCAAAUAAGAAACGAGGAAGACUCUGCCACACUCUAAACUUUCAAUGGAAGAGAAACAUCAAUGUUUACAUUGUAGUAUCAGUAAAGGAUCUUGGUGAAUGGAUCAAGCAUCUCAUUCACAAUAUGGUGGACAUUUAUCAUGCUACAAAUGACAAGCAUUUCCAAUUGGUUAUUGUUGAUUAUAGUAGCGACGACAUUGAUAUUACCAAAGAAUUGCUAGAAAGCUCUUUGCCACAUUGGAAGGUUAUUUCUCUGGAAGGUCCUUUCUCAAGAAGUGCUGGACUACAAGCAGGAGUUGACUAUGCUUCAGAUAACAACAGCAUUGUGAUGACAAUAGACAUGCAUUUGACUCUACCACUUGAUUUCAUUGACAGUGUCAGAAAGCAUACUAUUGAAGGGAAGAUGGCGUAUGCACCAAUGUUCUUCAAACUAAGUGAAGGAUUCUCUGAGAAUAAUGUAGAUGGAUACUGGCAGAUUGGGACAUUCGGCUUGUUUGGGAUGUUUAAAAGUGAUUGGGAGAGAGUGGGCGGGUUUGAUGUCAUCAACUACAAGUACAGGUGGGGAGGAGAAGACUGGGACCUACUCGACAGAGUCGUAUCUAUAGGUAUCGAAGUGUUUAGAGUCAGACCUCCAGGUCUCUUUCACUAUUAUCACACCAGAGCAGGAAUGUGGGGUUUCCAUGGCAAUAAACUUAGUUGCUAGGUAGCAGCAAUAUGUUGCUAAGGAAUGAAAAUGAUUGACAGAAUUUUGAUUCAGUAUAAUGAUCUGAUGUGAUGUCUGAACUGUUUAUAAAGGAUAAUAAAAUGUGGUAUAUUAGUAUUAUUAUUUUAAA